AAAUAAUUAAAAAUAAUUACUAUUGAUCAUUAUAUAUGCUAGUUAAAAAGUUUAAGUAAAAAUACAGCAACACGUUUGGAUAUUUUUAUUAAUGUUAGAGUUUUUAUUGAUUACUUUUAUUUUUUUUUUAACUAUCAAAAAACUUGAUAACCGACAUCUUUUAAAAUCGACAUUGUCUGUCUUCAAGACUUUUUACUCUAUAAAUGUUUAAGUUUCAAUUGUAUUAUAGUGUAUAGUAGUAUUAUUUUAUUGGAAACGUAUUAUAUAUACACAUAUAUAAUUUUUUCGUGUUAUUAAAAUCUACAGUUCAGAAAAAAAUGAAUUUUCAAAUUCAUGAAGAUAUUGAUCACGUUGAAGCACUUCAUCGAGAUAUUCAAGUGAAAAAACAAAUAUUUGGCGAUAAUUAUUUCCAAAAGAACAAAGAAAAAACGAAUUUGAAUAAAAAUGAUAAGUUAGUAAACCAAAUUUUACGAAAGAAAAGUUUUCUAGAUAAUUAUCGAGAAAAUGUGUCGCAGAAAUGUCCGGAAUCGUUUGAAACUAUUUCUUCGGGGAAAAAAGAAGAAAGUAUGAAUGGGUUAAGAAUAAUUGAGGAGCCGUUUCUACAAGUUGAAAAAGAAAAUGUGGAGGUACAUGUAGAACCUGAUGGUUUUCCUUCAAGUUUAUUACACAAUUUCGAAUACAGGAAGGAAAUAUGGGGUUAUUUACGAGAUUUGGAAUCGCGAUUACCGCCCCCACACCCGAUUUAUAUGUCGAAACAAAAGGACAUCAAUUGGGAAUCGCGAAGUAUUUUGGUAGAUUGGUUAGCGAGCGUCGGAGACGAAUACAAAUUUAGUAACGAAACUUUCCACUUGGGUGUGAUAUAUCUCGAUAGAUUCUUGAGCCAAUUAUGUGUUACUAGAAACAAGCUGCAAUUGGUGGGAGCGGCGGCAAUGAUGUUGGCAUCGAAAAUGGAGGAGUAUUAUCCUCUUGGAGCUAGCGAAUGGUCCUAUUUGACAGGCGAUACAUUUACACCAAAACAAGUUCUCAAAAUGGAGAAAAUUAUCCUAAAAGUAUUGAAAUUUCGGAUGCAAAUACCGACUGUAAAUGGUUUCAUACAACAUUUAGCUACGGAACAGAAAAUGGAUGAGAAAACUGUGCAUCUCGCAAUGUAUAUAGGAGAGUUGGUUCUUUUGGAAGGUGACGAUUACCUCGAGAUUCUUCCGUCUAAAGUAGCCGCUGCGUGUAUAGCUUUAGCGCGUUACACAUUAUGGAAACGGACGGUUUGGCCGAAAAAAUUGAAAGCUGUUAGCGGUUAUUCACUAAAGGAACUUUCUCCGGUCGUACAGAAACAAAAUCAAACAUUGGGAUCGUCUCCGAUGAAGAAACAACAAGCUAUUCAAUCGAAAUACAAGAGCGAGAAGUUGAGUAAAGUGGCUCUAACUAGACCAAGGAAAAUAUUAUUAUACGAAUUCGACAGGGAGUGAAUUUACAUGCUUAUUAAAUAUUGACGUAUUUGUUCUAAUUUCGAGAAUUUAAAAAUGUUAUACUCUUAUUUGUGUUUAAUUAUAAGAAAUCCCCCCAAAAACCCUUAUAUAUAUUUUAUUAUUUUUAUAUAACCCCAUUUGUUAUCGCUAAAUUAAAUCUAUUGACUAUAUGCUAUUAUACGCUAUAUAAAGUAAAUAAA